AUGCCUAUGACCUGGAACGCUGAUUCUGAUGCUAAGGUCACUCCCCCACCCAUCGUUUUUGAAGUUUUGACUGACGUGGAAUCGAAAAUCAUACAGCUCUUUCUUGGAGUCUUAGCUCAGUUCAAACCGCUGAAGAUGAAGCUUGAUUACGAGGCUUUGGCCAAGUACAUGGGCUCUGACUGUACUCCGUGCGCCAUCGAAAACCGUCUCGUUCGCCUUCGUCGCCAGAUGGAAUCCGUCGAUUUCUCUACCACCCCUAAGACCACUCCGAGCUCGACCCCCCGCAAGCGCAAGGCUGCCUCGACUCCUAAGACCCCUACUAAAAAGAAUACGGGCACGGGAAAAGGCAAAGCCGCUGAGGAAGAUGGUAGCGACACCGAGGUGGAUGAACUACCCCUGAAGAUUGAAAUCAAAGACGAUGAGGUCUUGGGAAACGUCAAGGAUGAGCCCGAGGAAGCUUGA